AUGGCGGAGGUGGGAGAGUGUGGGAGGAUCACAUCUGAUACAGGCCUCUGGGCCGUGCCUGUUGACUGCGUGAGGUCCUCCUCUGUGGCUUCUGGCCCCCAUCAAAAACACACCCAAGUUAAAGUUCUGCUUCCCACCAACAGCAGCAGCACCACUACCACUACCACCAGCACCAUCAGAACCACAAGCAGCAGCAGAUCCAGCACCACCAGCAGCACCAGCAGCACCACCACCUCCACUAGCACCAGCAACACCAUCACUACCACCAGCACCACCACCAGCAGAAGCACCAGCAGCAACAACACCACUACCACCAGCACCACAACCUGCAGCAGAACCAGCACUACCACCACCAGCAGCACCAGCACCACCAGCAGUACCAGCACCACCAGCAGUACCACUAGUACCACUACCAGCACCACCAGCAGCACCACCAGUACCACUACCAGCACCACCAGCAGCACCGCCAGCACCACCAGCAGCACCACCAGCAGCACCACCAGCACCACCAGCAGCACCAGCACCAGCACCACUUCCACUACCACCAGCGGCACCAGCACCAGCAGCACCACAAGCACCUCCACCAGCACCACCAGCGCCAGCAGCAUCACCUGUACCAGUACCAGCAGUACCACAAGCACCUCCAACAGCACCAGUACCACAAGCACCAGCAGCACCACCUGCACCAGCACCACCAGCACUGGCACCACCAGCACCAGAAGCAGCAGAGCCACCUGCAUCACCAGCAACACCAACACCAAGACCAGCACCACCAGCACAACGAUCAGCAGCACGGACACCACCAGCAGCACCAGUACUUCCAACAGCAUCAACAUCAGCAUUACGAGCUGCAGUAGACCCAGCAUCUCCACUAGCAGAAGCAGCACCACCACUACCACCAGCACCAGCAGCACCAGCAGCACCACCAGCACCAGUACCAGUAGCACCACUACCAACACCACCAGCACCCAUACCACAAGCACCAGCAGCAGCAUCUGCACUAGCACCACCAGCACCAGAAGCAGCAGAGCCACCAGCACCAGCAGCACCACUAACACGACCAACACCAGGACAAGCAGCACCAGCACAAUGAGCAGCAGCAGAGCCACCACCACCAGCAGCAACAGCAGCAUCACCACCACCAGGAGCUGCAGUAGACCCAGCAUCUCCACUAACAGCAGCACCAGCACCAGCACCACCAUCAAAAUCACCAACACCAUCAGAACCACAAGCAGCAAGAGAACCAGCACCAUCAGCAGCAGCACCACCACCAGAAACACCACCACUAAGAGGAUCACUAGCACCAGCAUCACCACCAGCACCAGCAGCUGCACCACCAGCAGCAGCAUCAGUAGUACCAGCACCACCAGCAGCAACACCAACAACAACACCAGCAGCAGCACCAGCACUAGAAGCAUCACCACCAGCACCACCAGCACAACUAGCACUACCAGCCUUUCCAGCAUCAUCAGCACGACCUGCACCAGCACCAGCAUAACCAGCACCACCAGCAGCACCACUACCAGCAAGCAGCACCAACAGCACCAACACCACCACAAGCACAUCCACCAGCAUCAGUACCACUAA